AUGUGGCGGACAUCUGCAUUGGCGCUUCUAGCGUCGACGGCUGUGCUGCCAGCUGUGUACGCCGAGAGCAUUCUCAAGACCAAUGGGUUUUCAGAUUGCGGAGGAGAUGGGUCGAUCACAGUGAAUAAACUUGACAUAUCGUUCGACAAGGGAAGCAACGAAAUUACUUUCGACGUUCAAGGUGACAGCGAUAAAGAGCAGGAAGUGACAGCUACUCUGGUCGUCGAUGCGUAUGGCAUCAAGGUCUUCGAGCAGGAGUUCGAUCCAUGUGACGAGGCCAACAAGGUUGAACAAUUAUGUCCAGUUCCCAGAGGCUCCUUCGGCGCACAAGACUCACUCGAGAUUCCUUCCGAAUACAUCAGCAAAAUUCCUAGCAUCGCCUUCAGUGUUCCCGAUCUUGAUGGAAGUGCUAAGAUGAUACUGAAAGCGAAAGAUGGCGGCGAUCAGGUAGCAUGUAUCGACUCGGGAAUCUCUAACGGCAAGACUGUCGAGCUAGCCGCUGUCUCGUACGUGGCAGCUGCCAUCGCUGCGGGCGCAUUGGUCACCUCCCUGGUCGGUGCCGCUGCUUCAGGUGGAGGCACUGGCACAUCCACACCAAGCCCGGGCUUUUUCGAGGUCAUGUGGUGGUUUCAGGGUAUCGCCAUGAACGGCAUGCAUUCCGUCAACUACCCUAGCGUUUACCGCAGUUUCACCCGAAAUUUCGCGUUUUCCACCGGUGUGAUCCCGUGGGAAGGCAUGCAGAGGUCGAUCGACAAUUUCCGCAAGGCGACAGGCGGCAACCUGACCGAGUCCAACUAUGAGUUCCUACAAAACGCCACCCUUGUUUUUCCCGACAACAGCACCGCCCAGACCAACAGCGACAUCAUCAAGCGCUCUCUGGUCGCACGUGCCGAGGAUGGGGGCGACAAGGUCAAUGUCGAUGGCAUUACCGCCUUUGUCGAGCAAUAUUCGGUCCCUGAAGAGAACACCUUCAUGACCGUCCUGCUCGUCUUCUCGAUCGUCGUUGCAGCCAUCGUCGUGGGCAUCCUCCUCUUCAAAGUCAUUCUCGAGGCAUGGUCGCUUUGGGGCAAGUAUCCCAAGUCGCUCAUUACUUUCCGCAAGGAAUACUGGCGCAUUAUGGGUCAGACCAUCGUCAAUUUGAUUCUACUACUCUACGGAAUUUGGACGCUCUACUGUAUCUUCCAAUUCACCCACGGUGAUUCGUGGGCUGCCAAACUACUCGCGGGGCUCGUUUUGGCUGGAUUUACCGCGGUCCUGGGCUUUUACAUUUGGAAGAUCACGAGCGUUGUACGCAAGAUCAAGAAGACACAUGGCAACGCCUCGGGACUCUUUGACGACAAGCCGACCUGGAAGAAGUACUACAUCUUCUACGGAAACUACAAGACCGGCUAUUGGUGGCUGUUCAUUCCCUUCAUCGUCUACAUGUUCGCCAAGGGCUGCAUUCUCGCCGCGGGUACCGGCCACGGUCUCGUUCAGUCUGCCGGUCAACUCAUCGUUGAGGCUCUGAUGUUGAUUCUCCUGUUGUGGUCGCGCCCCUACAACCGCAAGUCCGGCAAUUGGAUCAACAUCAUCAUCCAAGUCGUCCGCGUGCUCUCCGUCAUCUGUAUCUUGGUUUUUGUCCAGGAACUCGGUAUCGCACAGACAACAAGCACCAUCACCGGCGUGGUGCUGAUCGUCGUGCAAUCCGUUCUGACCGGUGUGCUCGCCAUCCUCAUCCUCGUCAACGCCAUCAUCAACUGCUGCAAGGACAACCCGCACCGCAAGCGCAGAAAGGAGGCCGCCAAGCUCGCUGAGCAACAGCGCGACCUCGAAGGAGACGCCUUCCUCAUGGAGCCCCAACCCUACUCGUCCUCGCCGCCUCGCAGCAAGAAGCAGAUGGCCGAGACCGACGCCGCAUACGAACCCAUGCGAGGACAGGCAACCGACCACAGCCGGGACCCCUCGCAGGAGAGGGGCUUGAUGCACGACGCUGCCGGCAUGGGCACGGGCAGGGGCGGCUACCACAGCGUCAACCGCUCCGAAAGUUCCAUCCGAGAGCCGACGCUGCCGCAGCUGGAUUUCGGAAGCAAUAAACCCACCCAACCAUAUCGGGACGGGUACGAUUACAACACGCCCAAUUACCGUUAUUAA